GAUCCAUUACGCGAGCACACGAUAAUCUAUGCAAGGGCGAUGUGCGAAUAAGCAUGGACGAACUUUUCGAUACAAACAUCAAUCGAUCUCCAGCAGCUUAUUUACUCAACCCUGUCGAAGAACGCCGGCAAUACACAUAUGAUGUGGAUAAGUUGAUGACUGUCUUGGGUUUCCGAACCGACAGCGGUACUGAUCUGGGGUUGAUCAGCUGGUUUGCAGUUCAUGGUGUCACGGUGAAUAAUACCAACCGACUAGUGAACGGCGACAAUAAAGGCUAUGCGUCAUAUGUCACAGAGAAGCAUUUUCAGAAAGAUCAAGAUCCUCGCUUUGUUGCUGCAUUUGCCCAAUCCAAUGAAGGCGACGUCAGUCCUCAUACCCUUGGUGCUUUCUGCUCAGGAACAGAGAUCCCAUGCGAUGGUUCCUAUGCCAACAAGUGUCCUUUUCGAUCAAGAUGCAUUGGACGAGGUCCAGGAUGGGAAAUGGGCCAUUACGAAACGAACCGUAUUAUUGGACAAAAUCAGGCUACGAAAGCUAUAGAGUUAUUUCGUCAACAACGCGAUAUGCCCACUUACGUUAGUGGUGUGAUCGAUUUCCGGCAUCAAUACUGGGAUAUCACCAAGGCAACAGUCCGCACUACAGACGGUGAUCUUGUCCAUCCUUGUCUCCCAGCCAUGGGCUAUGGAUUUGCGGCCGGCACCACCGAUGGACCUGCUGUGCGAGGAUUAUAUCAGAAUAUGACCAAGGGUACUUUACUUUGGGGUACGCUGGCCCACUUGUUGCGAUGGCCAUCACAACAGCAAAAGCUGUGCCACGCUCCGAAACCUAUCAUCCUCAAUACUGGGGAAAUGACAUAUCCAUUCGAAUGGCAACCGCACAUUCUGGAUAUCCAACUUUUGCGAAUUGGUUCUGUAUUUAUUAUCGGUGUGCCCGCAGAAUUUACGACUAUGAGUGGAAGGCGGUUACGGAACGCAGUGCAAAAGACUUUGUGCGAAUAUGGAAUUUGUGAUACUGUCGUCAUUCUUUCUGGCCCAGCGAAUGGAUAUUCUUCUUACGUUGCCACUUUUGAAGAGUAUCAAAUGCAACGUUUCGAGGGUGCAGCGACGGCUUAUGGUCCACAUACGCUACAAGCCUAUGUAGACGCUUUCAAGACUCUCGCAAAGUCCAUGGCACUGGAGGAUCCGUCUAUGAUCCAGAGCGAAAAGUUUAGAGAUUUUACUCCACAGGCAUUCAACUUUGUAACAAGGCAUGGUGCAGAUCGGCCGAAACUUUUUCAUCAUUUCGGAGACAUUGUGUCCGAUGUCGAUGUGCAGUAUAAUAGACGCUUGAACCAAACCGUAUCAGCUACGUUUGUGGCCGGUAACCCGAGAAAUAAUGUUUUACACGAAGGAACCUUUUUAACGGUGGAACGAAAAACACCGCAAGGAACAUGGUCCGUUGUUCGAACCGACAAUGACUAUGAUACAAGGUUUCGAUGGCGUUACACGAGCAAGUUGUUCGGACAAUCGGAAGCAACAAUCGAGUGGGACAUCCACGAGCACACAGAACCCGGAACAUACCGAUUAGUCUAUUACGGACAUAACAAAGAAUCGCUGAAAAGGACGAUUCGACCUCACAGCGGCCAAUCUUCUGAAUUCACCGUCUAUUAACCGUCGUUAUAAAUUAAGAACAUACAGCGUGCAUGUUUAUCGAUACCCAAGUAAAACUAAAUCGGUUAAAUUACGGCAAAGAUAAAUAAAAUUGAGGAAACAGCAUCAACUGAUAUUCGUGCAAGGAAUAAUUCCCAAGAGCGAGUGCUGUGUCAUUGUGUGACAGAUAAUGCAUUGCAAUUUAGCGCAG